AUGGCUGACCACCUGCACGCCGACGACAAGGCGGUGGCCAAAGACAUUCAGGUCGAGAAGGCCAUUGAGCAUGUCGAUGAUUCCCACAAUCUCGACGCUGCGGCGAAAGCUGCAGAAUACAAGAUGGCCGCCAUCGAGGCCGAGAACGCAGAGCAUGACAUGGGCGUGCUUGAAGCUGUCAAGGCGUAUCCCAUGGCUGCUACAUGGGCAUUUGUCAUGUCUUGUACCAUCAUUAUGGAAGCGUACUGCGUUUUCAUCAUGGGCAGUUUCGUCGCCUUGCCGGCUUUCGCCAACGAUUUUGGUGUAUACAGCGAGGUCAAGAAGAAGUACAUUAUCGAGGCUAGCUGGCAAUCCGCUAUCCAAUGUAGUGGACCACUUGGUGCACUCACAUUGGCGUUAUGUUGGCUGGUCCUCUGACCAGCAGGAUCGGAUACCGAUGGGCCACCAUCACCGGUCUUAUGCUCUUGAACUGCUUCAUCUUCGUUUUCUACUUUGCCAAGUCGCUUCCGAUCAUGUUUCUAUCUCAGAUCCUCGAGGGCAUUCCAUGGGGAAUUUUCAUUGCCAAUGCACCAGCAUACUGCAGUGAGAUCACACCAAUUCAGCUGCGAGCUCCCGCCACCCAGAUGUUGCAAAUGUUCUGGGCCAUUGGUGCGAUGAUCGUCGGUGGUGUCACAUACUACUACCAAAGCUACACAGACGCCAGCGCGUACAGGAUUCCAAUUGCGCUUCAGUGGAUGUUCCCAACUCCUCUCGCUAUCCUGAUGUACAUGGCGCCCGAGUCGCCUUGGUGGUUGGUCCGCAAGGGACGUCUCGAGGAAGCCGAGCACGCAGUUGGACGCCUUGGACGCCGAUCAAGGCUGAACCUUAGCGAGGCUGUUGCCAUGAUGCGCCGUACCAUCGAUCUCGAGAAGUCGCUCAAGGAGCCUAACCUCCUGGAACUGUUCAAGGGUCGUGACCUCUACCGAACCUCGAUUGUGUGCGGUGUGUACGCCGCACAGAACCUUACUGGUAACCUUAUCGCCAACCAGGCCGUCUACUUCUUUGAGCAGGCUGGCAUGUCGGUCAAGACUGCCUUCGCCAUGGGUCUUAUCACAUCCGCUCUCCAGUGGAUCUUUGUCAUGCUUUCGUGGAUCCUCACAUCUUACCUUGGCCGCCGAACCAUUUACGUCUGGGGUUCGUUCAUCAACGUAUGCUUCCUUGUCGCCCUCGGUAUCGCCGGCUCUGUUGCUGUAUCCAACGCAGCCUCUCUGGCACAAGCGUCUCUGGGUCUCAUUGUCUCCGUGCUCUUUACGCUGGGACCUGCGCCCGCAUCCUGGGUCAUUAUCGGAGAGACGUCCGCCAUCCGCCUCAGGCCUCUGACCACCGGAGUGGGACGUGCUUGUUACUACAUUGUCAACAUUCCCUGCAUUUUCCUCGCGAGUUACAUGCUCAACCCUGACAAAGCCAACCUCGGCGGAAAGUGCGGUUACGUAUGGGCCGGAACUGGUUUCGUCUGCUUCGUCUUGGCAUACUUCUUCGUACCAGAGAUGAAGAACCGCUCUUACCGAGAGAUCGACAUCCUUUUCAAGCGCAAGGUCGACGCCCGUUACUGGACCAAGACUCAAGUCGACGCAGAGGCCGACGAGUAAACGGACUUUUCCUUCAAGAUAUUUGGGCAAGAUUUGGAUUCACAUGCAAAGCAUGGUGCUGCCAACUGGAUGAUAUUUUAGUGCUACCUUGUGCUCUGGACUGCUUUGUUAACACGAAGAGUUCAUCAAUUGAGGAUUUACCA